GCCACCACGGCCAAGAACUACGGCGCUGCCUUCAACAGAGUCGAAGCUUCUAGAGAAUUCUCAAAGGACGAGAUCUGCGCCAGUCUGACCGACAACCGCAACGAUUGGGUCAGGUACAAUCCAGACGCCUUUAAAAAUGCUUACUGGCUGGUGAACCCGGCCAAGAUCUAUUCCCGAACAACUAAACUUUGGAACCCGAGGCCGGAAUGA